AAUGUCGUGCAGAAGUGAAGCGGCUCGGGGGGGCACCCCUUGUCUACAACCACUUCGAGCCACUGUCCCAUUCCAGCUUCACAACAAAGCACAACCGCGCAGCAAAGAUUCCAAGACGGGUGACAGGAACAAGUCUCGCCCCCCAAAGCCGACCAUUCGUCGCACCCUGUCCCUGGAUACAAUCGUUGGACCAUAUCUGCAGGGCCGGUGGCCUAAGGAGGGGGAGAGCCAAGGAGUCACCUGUGUCAAUGACAAGGCCACACAGACUCCCAGCUCCUGGGCAGAGGAGACUCGGGGAAGAAGAAGUGUUGGCGGACACAAACGCUCAGCAUCAUGGGGCAGCGCUGAACACUUGAGGGAGGUGGCUAAGCUCAGGCACCAGCUGCAGAAGCGCUCCCGACACGCCCCUCCCUCUGGGGGAUAUGAGCGUCCCCACCACCCCCUACCUGGAGGCCAUGCACCAGGCGCUACACAGACGGUGCACCUGAGCAGGUUGGCCCCUCGGCUGCGGCGCAGUGUGGAAGGUCUGAACCUGGAGCUGGAGGGUGUCUUUGUGUCAGAGACACCUGAGGACCAGCACAAGAUCCUGGAUGUCCCAGACGGCCACAGAGCCCCAGUUCCUGCCCAGAGGUGCAGCAGUGGUACCCAGAGUGAGCCCUCCCCUGCCUCGUUCGACCCUGCUUUGCUCUCUCCAUCUGAGUCUCCCUGUGCCCUGAACCCGGCUCUACUCUCCCCAUCUCAGUCUCCCUGCCCCAUCGGAGAGCCAGACCCUGUGGACUGUGAGACCAUGUGCCCCUCUCCCUCUCCAGUUGUUCUGGACCCCUCCCUGUUGCAGCCCUCCUCCUCCUCCCCUCGUCCCAACAAGACCUACUCCUUCCAGAGGGAGCCCCCUGAGGGCUGUGAGCGAGUACGAGUAGUGUGUGAAGAGGCUAUGUCUCCCUGUCAGAGAGAGCCUCUCCUCCAGGUAUCCUGCCCUGACCCCAACAAGGUGAAUUUCACUCCUCAUGGAGGCUCUGCCUUCUGCCCUGUCAGUCUGCUCAAGCCCCUGCUGCCCUCCAUGGACCUCCUGUUCCGCGGCCUGUCAGUCUCGCCUGUCACAGGCUGCUCAGGUCAAGGCUCUGCCCCCUACCAGACAGUUGGGCAUUCGGUUGGCAGCUACAUGAGUGGACCCCUCCAGGACUCAACCACCAUGUGAAUGUGGAGAGGUGGUUGUUCUCAGACUGGUGAAGAUGUGGAUUUAUCCUAAUAGGAGAUUCAAUCAAAAUGGCUGCAACCACUUUGUCAGGGACUGUUGUGACAAUGACAAACCUCCAGAUCUAUUCAGCUAAGAUCAACAAAAAGAGAGACCAGAGAGACAUCUACAGUGGGUUCUCUGUGGGAUCAGGAUAAAAUCUGUCAUUGGUGUUCUUUCCUGAUUGGUUCUCAGAGGGACUUGCUGGCCACUGGGUACAUUGAUAGUCACUUACCCCCUUGGUUGGGUAGAGGGUG